GAGUUGGACCACUAUCUUGCUGAGGAUACUAUUCCACGGACAACAGAGUUUGAUCUUCUGUUGUGGUGGAAAUUGAAUGGGCUGAAGUAUCCCACCUUGCAAGCAAUUGCAAGGGACUUUUUGGCAAUCCUAGUCACCUCUGAGGCUUCUGAGAGUGCUUUUAGUUCUGGUGGGAGGUUGAUAGACCCUCACCGGAGCAGACUGCAUUAUUCAACUGUAGAAGCAAUGAUGUGCUCACGAAGCUGGAUAAUGGAAGACAUGGAACGAGGCAUUAGAGGGAGUAUUCUCUACGAUGUCCAUUGAAGAUAGUUCUGUUGAAGAGGCAG